AUUUCUUUCAACCCUCAUAUUCAAAAUUGCUUGUGAAAUUUAAGGUUGACUCCUUUUACUUGCUUCAUGGAGUACCUUCUUGAGCAUGGCACUAAUCUGGCUACAGCAAGUGUGCUAGGUGCCACGACCUUGUUUGAUCUGCUGGGAUAUAGACUGAUGCUUUUGAAGAAGCUUGUGCUAUUUGUCUUGAAACCCCAGCUGCUGGAGAAACUACAUGUCAUCUUUCUUGCCCACACAAAUUUCACAAAAAUGUAGCUUCCAUUUUUUAUUUUCUUUGUCUUUCUGUACUCAUUUUAUCAUAUUAACUAACAAAGAUUUGAUGUUUUUUCUGCUGUACAUGACAGCGCAUUGAUCCAUGACUCUGAAUUCUGUUUGGUUGGUGUUAAUGUUGUUGUUUUAAUUCAAUUGAACUUGGUUCUAUAUAAGUUCAUAUCUCUUCACCUUUUGUUUGUGAAAGAGUUAGUGUUAUGAAUAAGUUGGAUGAUGAUACGAGCCUUAAUUCGAUAAUUGCAAAUAAUGGAGCCAUACGCUACACACCGCAACGCAGGGUUGUCUAGCUAGUCCUGUGGUAUGGAUGAUAAUAUUUCUUGGUAGUUUUUCAGUGUAAUAUCUUUGUAUACCAUUAUCUGUUUUUCCUUGGCAUGAAGAAAAUAAUUUGGUAAUCAUCUUUUCUUUUAUUUGGUCUGAUUCCAUUCGUUUAAUUAUCAAUUAUUAUGUAAAUUAUAGACAAAAUUCCUCAAUCUUUUUUUUUUUUUGGUAGAAAUUCCUCAACUUUACUGUGUAGUAAAUCUUACAGUUAUUCUUGAUAUGUGACUGAUAGGAUUCAUAGAUCAAGUAAUUGUUGGACGGUUUCAGGUGUGUGGUUUAGUGUUCCUUCUUUGCUAAUACAAUAACAGUUUUAUU